AUGCCCGGGAGGCGGAUGUUGGGCACGGCGGGGAACAACCGACAACUUCGAAACCGCGAUUUGCUCUUUACAGAAAAGUUUGUCGCUGACCCCUCGUACUUUGGUUAUGAGGAUCUCGACAAGAAGCCCGAAAAAGCGGUAGCGAUUGUACCUUAUCAUGGGCUGAAAGUCCACCCCAAAGCACCGCGCAGAGGGAACAGGAUUCGGGGAGGGGUGAGCAUUACUAGGUACGUCGUUCUACUAUCUCCAGGGCCAUAUCUAUACCCCCUUGUGCGCGAUAUCAGCAUUGGUUGCCAGCUGUACAUGUACUGGGCAGGUCGCAUUGAGGUAUACGCCGACUAUUCGCUGAUGGCCAUCGGUCAAUGGCCCCCUGGUCUCGGAAGUGCGUCAUGGUCGGGGGUUGGGGAGCCCAAAGGGAUUUACAGACAAUUACUGUGGUCGAUCGUGGGGAUGAAUCCGUGUGAAGAGCUCCGCUUUUACCCCAACAUCGAUCCCUACGAGCUGGGAUUGGAUUCAGCAUGGAGAUUGUCGAAUGCCUGGACUCUCGAGGUGAGGGCGGGGGCACGGGACGGCAAAUGAUAAAGCCGAGCACAAUCUAGGCCCGACGAGUCCCAGGCAAUCUCAAUCCGACAUCAGUAUUCGAGACCGUACGUUGGAAACUUGUAAUGCUGUCAUGGCCAAGAAGCAAAAGGCAAGGAUCGAUUGGCAUCAGAAUGCGACGGUAGAAUCGAGUUAGGAGUGUGCACAAAUCUGCCGGACUUCGAAUCGAUGUCGUCCGACACGGUGUGAUUGGGGGAUUGCUAUGUUGGCAACUUGAUCAAGUCAAUAGCCGAGGAAUCGUGGACCAAAGGCGAUGCCACAGGCCAGAGAACAACUCAUAACAAAAAAAAAAAAAGAAAUUGAAUUUGUU